CCUCCCUGCCUUCCUCCUCCUCCUCCUCCUCCUCUCCACCCUCUCUGCCAGAGAGCCCCGACGACAGACAGCCAUCCAGCCGCUCGCCGUCCUGCUCCUGCCGCCGCCGCUGCUGCCGCUGAGUGGAGUGUGGUCUCUUUUUUCCACCUACGUGGGUUUCUCCACGAGCCGGACAGCGAGUUUUUAUUAUUUUUUUGAACUAUUUUUUUUUUAUUUUUUAUUAAUUACUAACCGGGUUUGGGGACAUUUAAUCUUUUUUACUCCUGCUGCCCUUCAAGUGAAAUGGAGAAAAUGGCCAGACCUCUUCCUAUAAACCCAACUUUCCUGCCGCCGACUCAUGGAGUCCUGAAAUCCCUGCUGGAAAACCCGCUGAAACUCCCGUUUCACCACGAUGAAGGAUUUGGGAAGGAUAAGGAGAAAGAGAAAAAGCUGGAAGAUGAGAGCAGCACAGCCAGCCACCCCCAGUCGGCCUUCCUCGGGCCCACCCUGUGGGACAAGACCCUGCCGUACGACGGCGACAACUUCCAGCUGGAGUACAUGGACCUGGAGGAGUUCCUGUCGGAAAACGGCAUCCCAGCCAACACGGCCCAGAGCGAGCAGGCCCCGCAGGCGGCGCAGCCGUCCCAGGCAGCACUGCAGCAGGUCCCGCCACCCAAGCCACCCACCCCCUCAGUGGUGGACCUCAGCAGCCGCGCCACCACCUCCGUUCACACAGCCAUGCCGCCUCAGACCUGCCUGCACAGCCCAACCGCCGCAGCCAGAGACACACCCAGCCCCAUCGACCCGGAGUCCAUCCAGGUCCCGGUGACGUAUGAGCCGGACCCGGCCGACCUGGCACUGUCCAGCGUUCCGGGUCAGGAGAUGUUCGACCCCAGGAAGCGCAAGUUCUCCGCCGAGGAGCUGAAGCCGCAGCCCAUGAUCAAGAAAGCCCGGAAAGUCUUCAUCCCUGAGGACCUGAAGGAUGAUAAGUACUGGGCGCGGCGCAGAAAGAACAACGUGGCGGCAAAGCGCUCGCGGGACGCGCGGCGCCUCAAGGAGAACCAGAUCGCCAUCCGCGCCGGCUUCCUGGAGAAGGAGAACGCCGCGCUGCGCGUCGAGGUGGCCGACUUGAGGAAGGAGCUGGGCCGCUGCAAGAACAUUCUGGCUAAAUACGAGGCGCGACACGGGCCCCUGUGAGCCCCUCCGGCGGCCCACCUCUGCUCCCAGAACCUCCAGUUUGCCCUCCUGUUUGAAGGACAAUGUCUCUAAUGGCGGCACCCCCACCUGUAUGAUUCUGGUAUUUUAUUAAGCUUCAUCUCGUCUGCUCCUCUUUUGAUUUCUCUACACGGUUUGAAUAAAUAGAUAUAAAUAUAUUUCCAUGUGCGUACUUCCCACUGUGAGGAGUUCGAGCCCGCCUCCUUCUCUACAUCAGAUCAGGACUAAAAUCCUUUUUAUUUUGUUGUUUUUAACCACUUAUGUUAGUAUUUCCUGUCCAGUCCAGGAACAUUUUGCUCUCUGUUAGUAUUAUGUUUUAAUUUCUUGAGCAAUAAUUUUAAAUAUGUCUCCACCUCCUGCUCCCGUUCGUUAACUUCUGCACUAACUAGCGUCUCACAAUCGGAUCCGGUUCAAGAAAAUUCCUCUUAUUUAUCUCCCUUUUAUUUCUCAGAUGGAAGAUUGUUGUUUUUAUAUCUAUAAAUAAAUAUAUAUAUUCUGUUGAUAUAA